AUGGGAAAUACUCAAAUUCAACUUGGAAAUCAAUCAAUACUCAUUGAAAGAGAAUUAGGAAGUGGUGGAUUUGGAAAAUUAUAUCUUGCUCAUCCACAAACUAAUUUAUCAAUUAAUUAUGCUUUAAAAACACAAUCUUUUUUUGACCAACAAAGAUUAGAUCAAAUUAAAAAAGAAAUUGCAAUUCAAAAAAAAUGUUGUCAGUGUGAAUUUGUUUGUCAAUUAUAUCUUUCUGCUGCAUUUUCAAAUCCAAGAAAAGAAGUAUUAAUGUUAAUGGAAUAUUGUCCUUCUUCAUUAGUUCAAAUAUUAGAAAAAUCAUAUCCAAAAGGAUUACAAGAAUCUAUUGUACUUGGUAUUUUCUAUCAAAUAGCUAAUGCAAUAUCAUUUCUUCAUUCCCAAAAUCCACCUAUUGUUCAUAGAGAUAUUAAAAUUGAAAAUAUUUUGUUUUCUUCAACAAGAAAAUUUAAACUCAUUGAUUUUGGAAGUGCAACAUUUGAACCUGAAUUAUUACGAAAACAAGGUGACUGUGGUACUAUUGAAGAAGAAGUUAAUAAAAUGACUACUCCUGAAUAUAGAGCACCAGAAUUAAUUAAUGUUUAUGAAUAUCUUCCUAUUGGAUGUAAAAGUGAUGUUUGGGCAUUUGGUUGUUUAAUUUAUAAAUGUUUAACUCUCCAUACUCCAUUUGAAGAUAGUCCAAUGAAAAUUCUUGCUGUAAAAUAUGAUUUACCAAAUUGUUCUCCUCUUCUUCAAACUUUAUUUAAAAUGAUAUUUAUCAGAAACCCAGUACAACGAGCUGAUAUUUUUCAAGUACUUGGAUUUAUUACAGACGCAACUAAAUUACCAAAUCCUUAUAUUUCAUUCAGAAAACCUUUCCAAUUAUAUUACAACCAAAAUGUUCAACAACCUCAACAACAACACAUCAAAGAUGACAUAAAAAUACAAAAACAAUCAUGUCAUCAAAAUAGUCAACAAAAUGAAGUAAAACAUAAAGGUGAUAAUAUUAAAGUAAGUGGAACAAAAACUUCUAUAAUAUCUAAUCAACAAAAUACUUCUGAACCUUCAAAAAAAACUCAUGUAGAAAUUAAUGAAAAUACAAUUAAUAUUUGUGGUAAACUUGCAAAAGGACUACCUCGAUCUCCAAGAAUAGCAAAUACUCAUUCAUCAAAACUUCCAAAAGAAACUCCAAAAACUAAUGAAAGUCAUCAAUCUUAUGACUUUGGAACCUUUAACUUCAAUGAACCUGUAAAAGUUUGUAUUCCGCGUCAAAAACAAGAAACGAGUCAGUCAUUUGAAUUUAAAGAUAAAUGUUCAUUUGAUGAAGUAGAUCAAGAUAAAAAACAACUUCAUACUAAUCAUGACUCUCAUCAGCAAUCUCUAAAAGUUUCCAAAACUAAACAACCUCAUCUCUCUUCUGAACAAACAAACCAAUUAUCUCCUUCUCUUUUUAAUUUUAAUUCAACAACCCCAUCAUAUAUUCCUCAAGCAAAAGUUGUUCAUCAAACAACUUCUAAUUCUUCAUUUGAUUUUGGUCAAAGUUCAUUUAAUUCUACUCAAAGUCAAAAGAAAGAAUUUAAUUCAUUUAAUUUUGACUCACAACCUAUGACUUCAAUUCCAUCACCAAUGCCAAAACAAAGGAUAUCUUCUACUUUUGUUUUCUAA